AUGAACUCGCCCAGUGAUGGAGACCCUCUUCAAUCCCCGGAACCACCACCUUCUUUCUCAAUUCUUGGAGUCCAGAAGACAAGAGCGGCUCCGAGAGAAGAGUCUCCCACUGCGUCCACGACGAGUCUUCCCCUCCGCGCCUCUAGUCCCACACCCCUAGGGUCACGCAAUAGCACCUUGUCGAGUGUCCUGUCACGCUCGAGUUCUCCCAAUGGCAGACUCUCCCUAUCAUUUGCGAAAUUUGGUCGAUCCCAAGUGAACAGUCCUCUGGGAAAUCCUUCGGAGAGUUACAACGACACCAGAAGCCUCAUUGUCCGGGCAUUCUCACCUACCGUCGCAGUCUGUGCUGCACCCGAGGUAGACGAAUUAGCCGUUCGUAAAGGGAUAAGAGAUGGAUUCACGGGCUUAGUACGGCCUUUCGGAGACAAGAUCAAUGGCAAAGUUGUGGUCAGAGAUAGCACCGGGGCGAGUAGAGCAUGGGAAGAUUUUGGCGUGCAUUUCUCGGAUUUGAGCCAACUCGUGCGGAACGGCAUGAAUCCGUCGGCAGAAUCAGAUCAUCUCGAAAAAGUGGAGGAGCUGAUGGAACAGUUCGCCGGGGCAGGUUUCGACGAUACCGCUGAUGUCCCUUCCAGAGGCGAAAUCUCCCACUUCUACAAACUCUUCCUGGCCCGAUUGCUGUGUCUGCAGUCAAUGAGCCCGCAUGAGACUUUCCGGCAUCCUGUGGGUGCGGUAAUUGCCAUCAGCUCUUCCACCAGCCAGCCUAUUGAGACGCUUAGAAAUCUUUAUCAGCAAACUGCUCAAGGUUCGAAUGCCUUGCCCCCGUAUGCCAACCCAGAAUAUCUGCGGUACUACGUGCUUGUGCAUGAUGAAGACCGGGAUGAUUUCAGCAAGUCCUCUGCCCUGUUUGAUCAGAUGAAACGCCAUUUCGGCCUACAUUGCCAUUUGUUGAGGCUGAGGUCUGUGCCAUGCACCGAAUCAGACGAUGACACCGAGGAACUCCCAGUCUGCGAAUGGCUUUCACCGUCGGAACAACUAUCACUUCUGGAAGAAACCGCUCACCUGAUAGACCUUAAUGCUUCGACUUCACCCUACAUAUUUUCAUCCGAUGUCUCGUCGCUUCGGGGAUUUGUUCGUGAGCUCAUCGCUCAGUCGAUAGUGUAUCAUAUGGAGCAAAGGGUUGCACUGUGGAAUGAACAAAUUGCAUCUCGCCGAAGAGGGAUCUCUGGACGCUUCAUGUCCUUGUCAAAGAGGUGGACUGGGCUUGGAAGCUCACGAAACUCGUCAGCGACAAGCCUCGGUGCUUCGGGAGCAAGUGGGAAUUACGAUAGUUUGCAAGGCGCCUAUCGGUACGAUGCUCCGGAAAGUCUGCUCCGCAAGCUAGCAGACUAUGCAUUCAUGCUACGAGACUACAAACUGGCAGCGUCCAUAUACGAACUUCUGCGAUCCGACUAUUCAAACGACAAAGCCUGGAAACACCUUGCCGGUGCUAAUGAGAUGUGCUUAGUCGCCACUCUACUCAAUCCCUUGACAAGCAGUGGCAGUUCCAAAUUCAAAAUCGAAAACUUCGACCUCAUGCUCGAAACAGCGAAUUAUUCAUAUCUGACCCGGUGCUCAGAUCCGGCAUUAGCAUUACGUGCGACUCUGCUAGGUGUCGAAUUACUGAAGGUUCGAGGCCAGGCCGCUAGUGAGCUUGCCGCUAAAUGGGCUAUCCGCUGCUUGGAGCUUGGUCUGGUGGGCAGUAUAGGUCAUGUCCUUGUCAGUGAGCGGGUUGCGUCCUGUUUCGCUGAUCGUAUUGGUAUUGGCAACACUGGCUGGGGCACGCGAAAGCGCAAAGCUGCUCUCUGGAAUGUCAUGGCGGCGGACGAGUGGAUGAAAUUGGGAAGAGCAGAGGUCGCAGCAGAAAAGCUGGACGAAGCCCAAGAGCUGUACAACGAGACAAAGACCAGCGACUCUAUCCAACAUUUUCAUGAGAUGGCUCAGUACGUGGAACAACUGCGUCUUGCCGUCAGGAUAAAGCUGGGCGAAGCAAGGAAGAGAGGAUUCAGUGGAGCCACACGACAACUUGAACUAGACAUCGACGGUCAAGAGCAGACCGAAGUUGAAGAUGAGACGCUGGAGGAGAUGAAUCCCCUUGAGAAAGCAGACAGCCCAGUCAACAGGAGGAACUUGAAGGUUGGUGUUGGUGCAGGUGUCAACCCAUUAGAACAAGCGCCACUAAGUCCGGUCCGUCUGAAUAGGCCAGACCCUUUGUUGCGGGAGGAUGACGAUUUUGAAUGA